AUACCAUCUGUCAGAGCAGUCGAAGGGGGGGUGUAACCGGACAACACGACAGCUCACCGCCUCAUAAACCGACUCGGACCGUCAAAGUGUUCGUCGGACGGAGGUUUGACAGUUUCCCGUAGGAUUCACCAGCUUUCACGCCGUCCUCGUUUUUACCCGCAGAUAAAACCCGGCAGUGUGUCGGUCUCCCCCCGCCUUUGAGAGCACCGCCGGGACGGAGCCGUGUUCGUGUUCGGACGGUUUGGUUUCCAGUCCAGCGCUUCCUCCUUGGAGCUUCCACAGCGGGAGGAUGAACAACCAGAGAUGUAGCACUUUAUUCCUGAAAGCAAGAGGACGGACGAGGACUAUCCAGUGCAUCUAUGUGGUGGGCUUCAUGGACCUGUUCGGGGUGAGCAUGAUCAUCCCGCUGCUCAGCCAUCACGUGAAGGCUCUGGGGGCAAGUCCCACUGUGGCUGGUAUAGUAGGAUCCACGUACGGCAUCUUGCAGCUGUUCUCGAGCACAGUAGUUGGCAGCUGGAGCGAUGUGGUGGGACGGCGGUACUCUCUGCUGACCUGUCUGCUGCUCAGCGCUCUGGGUUACAGCCUCCUCGGGAUGUCCACCAGCAUCGCUUUAUUUGUCCUCGCACGGAUACCUGUGGGGCUCUUCAAGCACUCCCUGUCCAUCUGCAGAGCGCUGCUGUCUGACCUGGUGUCUGAGUCGGAGCGCCCCCUGGUGAUGGGACACUUUAACGCAGCCUCCAGCGUGGGCUUCAUCCUGGGUCCUGUGGUGGGAGGCUACCUCACAGAGCACGAAGGAGGCUUUUAUACCUCCUCCUUCGCUUGUGCUGCCAUCUUUCUCAUUAAUGCUGGGCUGGUAUCGAUGCUGCCGUGGAGUGAGACGCCAGCCAGCCGUAAUGAUCCCAACUCCAGCAACCACUGUAGCAAGUCUGUACACAACGGCUCUCAGGCAAACAACCACCUCCCAGUGCUGACGGCAAACACUGAAGCGGACUCCAGAGCUGAUGGGAAGCUCCAUGCUGCUUUCAGGUGGAGGGACGUGUCUCUGUCCCAGCUCGUCUGGAGACAGCUGUCCUCUGUAGGCUCCAAGAUCCACAUGGUGGCCUUGUCUGACAUGUGGGACCUCUUCCUGGUGCGUCUUCUGAUGGCCGUCGCCAUCAUGCUCUACUACAGUAACUUCUCUCUGGCCAUGGAGGAGCGUUUCUCACUAAAGCCGAAGGUGACGGGUUAUCUGAUCAGCUAUAGCAGCACUUUAGGAGCCCUGGCUGGGUUCCUGGUGGGACCAGUCACCCAGCUCUAUGGGAACAACAUGUCUGCCCUGCUGUUCCACUCCACAGUGCUCACCAGCUCGCUUAUCUUCCUUUAUGCUACUGCGCCCAGCGUGUGGCAGGUGCUGCUCACCUCCACCUUCUUUGCCAUUUCCACCACUAUUGGACGGACAUGCGUCACAGACCUGGAGCUGCAGAGGGGAGGAGUCCAGGCCAGCGGGACUCUGAUUGGAGCCGGACAGUCGGUUACAGCUGUGGGUCGAGUCCUGGCUCCUCUGCUGUCCGGUCUGACCCAAGAGUUCAGCCCCUGCGGCCCCCCCAGUCUGGGGGUGGUGCUGGCUUUAGCGGCUGUAGGUUUGCUGCUGAUCAGGAUCCCCAAAUGGGACGGGAGAGGGACGAAAAAAGCAGUCAAACUCCGAAAUUAACUGAAUUUUGAAAUGUUAAUAAAUCAUUGCUUGGAGAAGUGCUCUUAUUUGAAGGAGGCCAGCUGUGAGGCUGAACAGCAGACUCACAGUGGGAGCAGUGUUUCCCACUAACAGGAUGCCUCCACCAGAUGUUCCAUCACAGGGUAACCAGCACUGCAGUCACUCUCUCAGGGACAGUGGAAUCAAACAUCAACGAUGAGGACACAACUGCAGGGUUUUAUGUGCUUCCCAACAUGCUGAAGUUUGACCAGACAGAAACACGUGAGCUUCGUCUUGGCACACACUACUUAUGACCACUUGAUUAGCAGCAAUGUACACUUUGUUUGUACAUGUUUUACCUCAAUGCCCAAGAGGGGUGUACUACGAAGCGAGAUCAGCGGGUUAGCAAAGUAUGUUGAGAGUUUUUAAUGUCACAGAGAUGGCUGUGUUUUAACCAGAUAGAUCACCAUGGUAGUAGCUGCUCCAGAGAAGGUUCAGUUCAGAGUUUGGGAAUCAAAUCGGCUCUAAAAAGCACCACCUUUUCACCAGUUUGUUUCCUAAAGAUUCUAGAUAAGCGAUUUAGAUUCUCACCCGAAGGAAGAAGUUAUAUCUGCAAACCUGUGGGGCAUAAUUUAGUAUUUGCACUGAAUAGUCACAGUAUCAAACAGUUUUUACAUCGCAUUGGCAUAAAGGCAUGAAUAUGUCUGUGUGUUUGGUCCUGAUUGGAUACCAAGUCAAUCGAUUAGAAAAUUGAUUAGUCUUUGCUAUUUAUCACAGAACAGAAGCGAUAAUGUUCGUGUAUUUUCUGUUACAAGGCAUCAUCAGUUCUAAAUACAUUUAGAAUAUCAUGUUUAAAUGUAUAAAGUUUAACAGCUGUCAUCUUUAGAAAUAAGCAGCUGCUUUGAGAGUGCAGAGUGAGAAAAUAUGAAUAUCAACUCACACAAUUAACCCUCCUGUUGUCCUCAUUAACGGGCACCAAAAAAUAUUGUUUCCUUGUCUGAAAAAAAAAAAAAAUACAAAAAUUCCCCAAAUUUCAGAAAAUUUGCAAAACCUUCAAGGAAGAAAAUUCCAAUAAUUCCUUAAAAGUUCCAUUUUAAAAAAAAUCCUCCAAAUUUGCCAAGAAAAUUCUUGUAAAUAUUUUCAAAAAAAUGAGUAAAAAUCAUCCAAAAAAUACUUAAAAUAUCUAAAGUAAUUACAUAUAUAUAUCAGUAAAACUUCUAAUAUUUUCUGUAAGAACAUUCACAUAAAAAUCAGAUUUUUUGUGGAUGCUCUUUAGAAACAUUUUUAACAUUUCUUUUUUUUUUUUGCACCAAAAAACGUUCAAAGAUUUCCCAAGAAUGUUGAAAAUGUGGACAUCAGAAGUUUCACUGUGAAAAUAAGUUUUUUUUUUCCACAUUUUCAAACUUCAAACCGGGUCAGUUUGACCUGCAGGACGACAGGAGCGUUAACCAUCCUCUACCAGCAUUCUGCUCUUGUAUUUUUUGCCAUAAAAGCACUUUUUUUACCAUAUCAAAUGUUAAUAUUGGUCAGUCCUGGCUGUGUCUAACUCUCUUCAUGGUACACCCCUCCUCUGUUUCCUCCAGUACAUCUAUCAGAAAUGGUUCCUAUGGUGAUAUAGGGGUUUUACAGUUACAGAGAUUUGUUCAUUUAUCUGAGGAGAUGUUUAAAUAUAUCCUUAAAGUAGUACUUCUUUGUAUUGUUUGUUUUUCUGAGCACCUCUUUUUUUUAAACAAUUCAAACACUUACGUGGACAAGAAGGAGAAUCUGUCUUUUCCAUUCACAUAAAGACUUCCUGAAUCCUUCAAGUACAUGCCUGAAAAAUGCCAAAAAGUCUCUAGGAAUAAACAACUGUUUGUA